CCUCGAUUGAAAUUCUGAAACCCUAGCGCGCCCGGCACAACAAACAUCAAACAUGGAUCAAGAAGAAUGCUCCGAAAACAGCGGAAACGGCCGACUGGGACUCAGGAUCGGUGGCAUAUUUGUCGUCCUGGUUACAUCGUUUGUGGGAACCCUUGCGCCCAUUUUGCUCAAGCGGCGGGCUUGGUGUCCCGUGGCGUUCUUCGAAUUCGCAAAAUACUUCGGCAGCGGUGUGAUCAUCGCCACGGCUUUUAUCCACCUCUUGGCACCUGCUUUCGAUGCUCUGGGUUCACCAUGUCUGAGCGGUGGUUGGGUCAAGUACGACUGGGCAGCUGCUAUAGCUAUGGCGGCCGUGUACUUAAUCUUCUUUAUCGAGUUUGCUGCUUACCGGAUCGGUACCGCUAGAUUAGCCAAGUACAACCUAAACUACUGUGAGUCUAGCCACCGUGCGAAACGCGCCCAUGGUGUACCAUCCUCUACCCCUGCCCAGCUCGAGGGUGAAGACGGGUCCCCUGGCGCAGGUCGAGUAGGCUCGACUGCUGCACGAAAAUCCGAGCUGAGCGAUUCCGAUAGCGAAAGCGACAUCACGCCCGAGUAUGACACCACCACCACAGAUGGAGUGGCUCAGUUGAUCGCAGUGGCAAUCCUCGAAUUUGGGGUCAUCUUGCAUUCAGUCUUCAUCGGUCUGACACUGGCGGUCAAUGACGAGUUUGUCACCCUCUUCAUCGUGAUCAUCUUUCACCAAAUGUUCGAGGGCCUGGGUGUCGGCUCGCGAUUAUCCGCUUUGAGACUUCCAAGAAAUCUACGAUGGGCCCCAUUCAUCGCCUCCUUCCUGUACUCCGUGACUACACCGAUCGGGAUGGCUAUCGGGCUCGGGAUCAGCAAUAGUUAUAACACGAAGAGUCCAACCACCACGGCUUGGGAAGGGACGCUUGACGCAAUCAGCGCCGGUAUCCUCCUUUACACUGGAUUGGUCGAGCUGCUGGCGCACGAAAUCCUUUUCAACCCAAAGAUACAGGCUGCCAGUGGAGCGCGCAUCACUUAUAUCUUUAUCUGUAUAUUGACUGGAAGCGGGAUCAUGGCGCUCAUCGGGUACUGGGUAUGA